AAUCGUGUAAUUCCAGCGCAUUGGUCACUAGGGGUCGCUGUCCGCUGACUCCGGCGGAGCCUCCUCCCUUUCCUUCGCACGUGGUUGCAGAUGGCUGCUUCCAGAAGGCUUCUCCAGCAGGAAGGGCUCUCUUAAAGGAUCUGUUGAAAUCCAGUUACCUUUUAGAAGUUGGGAAAGCAUAUCAGAGACCUGCGGAAAAUCAAACUCCUGUCCUCUGAGUUCUGUGAGCUGCUGCCCCCAACUGGAGCUGUGUUCUUCAACCAUGGCUGAAGGAGGAGAUGAGGGCAACCAGCCACCACGGGAACAUCCCCGCAACCUCCAGGGUUUGCUGCAGAUGGCAGUGACUUCAGGAAAUGCGGAGCCUGGUCCAAUUGAGCCCAUGUCGGAUGAGCGGCGGCAGUGGUUACAAGAGGCCAUGGUGGAGGCGUUCCGGGGGCAAAUGGAUGAGAUCGAGCAAAUGAAAGAAUGCCUUCGGCUGCUGGAACCUUCAACCCCUGGAGCUGAACGUGGGGAGAGUUCAAAUGAGGCCCAAUCGGACCUCGAGCAGCGAGAGGGUGCCUUGGACAUCCUGGCGGAGUUGUGUGAAAACCUGGACAAUGCCUCAGAUUUCUGCAAACUGGAGGGCAUGCGGCUGCUGGCCCAUCGAUACCUGGAGCACGAGGAGCAAGGGCUGCGCUGGCGAGCAGCCCACCUGGUGGGAACCUGUGCCCAGAACGUGCCCAAAGUGCAAGAGCAGGCUUUGGCGCUGGGAUGUAUGAGGAAGCUGCUGCGGCUCUUGGACAACGAUCCCAGCGAGGCUGUCCGGAUCAAAGCCCUCUUUGCCAUCUCCUGCUUGGUUAGAGCCCAGGAAGCUGGCUUGCAGCAGUUCCUACGUCUUGAUGGGUUCUCUGUCCUCAUGAGGGCCAUGCAGAGUAACGUGCAGAAGUUGAAGGUGAAAUCUGCUUUCCUCCUACAGAACCUUCUCAUAGAUCACCCAGAGCAGAAAGAGGUUCUCUGUUCCAUGGGAAUGGUCCAGCAGUUGGUGGCCCUGAUCCGUUCUGAACAUAGCACCUUCCAUGAACACGUCUUGGGAGCAUUGUGCAGUCUCGUGACAGAUUUUCCUCAAGGUGUACGAGAGUGCCAAGAACCAGAGCUAUCACUUGAGGAACUCUUAAAAGAGCGGUGCCAGCUACUAAAGGGUCAGGAGGAAUUCCAGGAGGAACUGGACUUCUGCGAGACUUUGCUGCGCCUUUGCUUCUGCAGUCAACCUGAUGAAAGUAGCAUGGACCGGUAACUUGGCUGCCCCUGCUCCCACUCAGUGCUGUGGAAGUUCAGGCUUGGAGCCGUGACAGUUGGAGCCAUUCGAUGGAAAACGCCCGUGUUUAUCCUUCAUUCAGCAACAGACUGGAGUCACAGGAGACCUGUCUCUGGAAUAAAAUACUGAGCACAUUGGCCUCAUGAUCAGCAGGAAGACACUUUCAUAACCGGUUGCUGUGUAAUUUCCUCUUCCCUGGCCUCUGGAAGCAAAUGCCUCCUGGCCCCAUCCAGGCUUCAUUGUGCUAGCCUGCCUUCUAAGUAGCCAAAGAGCCAAAGUUUUUAAUUUGCAGUCAAGUUCUGUAUUUAAACGGGGAAAUUAGUUCUGUCUCUUAUCACAGCACUGCUUUUUUCCAUAGAGGAGAUUCUUAACAGGGGAUGGUUGUUGUUGAGAAUGGUGGAAUUGAGUGCCUUUUAAUUUCUUUCUUGAAUUCAGAUGACGAAUGUGGGUGGCUAAAGCAUUACCUCUUUAGAUGCGGGAUUGUCAUAGAUGGGGGCUGGCUGCUCUACAGACGACAGUAUACUGAAGUGGUUCCCAACCUGUGGGUCCCCUGGUGUUUUGGCCUAAAACUCUCAGAAAUCCCAGCCAGUUUACCAACUGUUAGGAUUUGUGGGAGUUGAAGACCAAAACAUCUGAGGACCCACAGGUUGAGAACCACUGGUAUACUGGAUUGCUUAACUUGGGAGCAUAUAUUCAAAUGGGCAGGGACAGUGUUUGGGAAAAGCACCUUUUUAGACUACCAUUUCUAGACGCCCCCAUUCUGGGAGUUGUAGUCCAAAACAGUGACUCUCCCACUGUGCAAGGGCUUAUUACAAAAUAUGUCCAGGUGGGAUAAAUGGGAAAAGGGUAUGCAAACGAGUCUGUGAAACAAGAAAUUGAGAGAGCAUAGGACACUUGUACCUUCAAAGAAAAUAUUUUUUACUUCUUAAUGAAGAUCUGAUGAAGCCCCUUCUUCUUUCUAAUCAUUAAGAAACACAGUGGCCCUGUCCUUGGGCAUUGAUCACCUGUCAAAUUAGAGUGAUAUGUGUUUCUUUGUGAUUUAUGGCAACUGGGUAUAUUCCGACUGCUUGAAUUUCCCAUCAUUGUCAUUUGCUGUUGCCAUGUUCUCUGCAUAUGUUUUGUUUUAGUUCUUUUAAAGAAUGAAUUUAUGUUUUGGGUGAAAA